AUGCCAACGACUGGCUUGGUGGUUCCGCCAGGACAAUCACCGCCAUUUGCUGUCGUGACGAGUACGGAUCAUUCAGCGUGGGUGAUUAUAGCGACGGCGUUGGGACUCGCAUGCGUGCUGGUCUUCGGUGGGAUCAAGACUUUCGCUAGAACUUCUUUGGGGAAAGGUGUCAGUUAUGAUGAAAUGUGUCUUGUGGCUUCAACGUUUUUGAGAUGGCAAAUUAUAUCUUCUUUUGAUAUUAUUUUCGAGCUUGCAUUUGUUUUCCUAUCAGUUUAUUUAGUAUGGAGUCUUCGAACGAGCAAAUCAAAUAAGACAAUUGUAGUUGUUGCAUUCGGAUUUCGUCUUCCUAUGAUCAUCGCCAUUUCCUACCGGCUAGCGACAUUCGACAUAAACGGCUUGACCAAAAAUCCCAUGUUUCUCGAGGACGAAUUCAUUAUAUGGACACAAACCGAACUCAACUAUUCCGUCAUUUCCGCCAUCAUACCAAGUCUCCGACCCUUUGUCAAAAAUCUUUCUACAUAUUACGGCCAGGAGCUGGGAGGAAGAUCUGGAUAUACGCUAGAGAAUUCCGAAAACUAUCAACUUUCAAAUUUGGGCUCAGUCCUCCGGAAGGACACCCAACAGCAAGAAGGGAGGGUACGUGAAGAUGUGGAUCCGGACGACUAUAAAUUUAGGAUCUGGGCAAAUGAGGAAGGGCGAGGUCCUAAGAAACAUAAGAAUAUUGGGGAGGGAAGUUCAAGGUUAUGGAAAGAGUCUGGGGGUGAAGCGGCGGAUGGCUUGAGUGUGGGAAGUAGUGAUAGCCAACGGAUGAUUAUCAAAAAGGAUACUACAUGGACGAUUCAGAUGGAUUGA